AUCGACGCCGUCGGUCGCAAACGCGGCGGCCGUUCGUUCGGCGGUCACUCCGAACAGGAAAACACAUUGAAUCAGCUGUUGGUAGAGAUGGACGGCUUCAACACCACCACAAACGUCGUGGUCUUUGCGGCCACUAAUAGGCACGAUAUGUUGGAUGAGGCGCUGCUAAGGCCGGGCCGUUUCGAUCGGAUAAUAGUCAUGACGUUGCCGGACAUCAAAGGUCGAGCGUCGAUAUUCAAAGUACAUCUGCAGCCACUCAAGUCAUCCCUCGACAAACUGGAAACCGCGCGGAAGUUGGCGGCACUCACGCCGGGCUUCACGGGCGCCGACAUCGCCAACGUGUGCAACGAAGCGGCACUUAUAGCGGCCCGCGAUCUACACGACACGAUUGUCUUCAAACACUUCGAGUCGGCCAUCGAGAGAGUGGUCGCCGGACUCGAGAAGAAGACAAAAGUGCUGCAGCCGGAGGAGAAGCGCACAGUCGCCUAUCACGAGGCCGGGCACGCGGUGUGCGGAUGGUUUCUGGAACACGCGGACCCCCUACUCAAGGUGUCGAUCAUACCCCGCGGUCAGGGCCUCGGCUACGCUCAGUAUCUGCCCCGCGAGCAGUACCUGUACUCCAAAGAGCAGUUGUUUGACCGAAUGUGUAUGACUUUGGGCGGCCGCGCGUCCGAAGAGGUGUUCUUCGCGCGCAUUACGUCCGGAGCUCAGGACGACCUCAAGAAAGUGACUCAAAACGCGUACUCACAGGUCGUGCAGUUGGGAAUGUCGGCUAAAGUCGGGCACUUGUCGUUUGAUUUGCCACAAUCGGGCGAUAGGGUUGUGGAUAAACCGUACAGUGAGGCCACCGCACAGCUCAUUGACUCGGAGGUCAGGGAAAUGGUUCAGAAGGCGUACGAACGCACUGUCGGUAUGAUUCGCGAGCACAGGGAGGACGUGGAGAAGGUAUGCGAUGAACACCCUUGUUGUGGGGGUGGGGGCUAUUUGACAGAUAUAGCGCUGCGACUGUUGGAGAAGGAAGUGUUGAAUCGCGAGGACAUAAUUGAGCUCUUAGGCGACCGUCCGUUCAAAGAGAAGUCCACUUACGAGGAGUUGGUUGAGAGCACCGGUGGUCUCGACGAAGACAUAUCACUGCCUAAAGGCCUGGAGGGCUGGAAUCAGCCCAAGAGUAGCGACAAAAACCCAGAUUAA